ACGAAGAAGAUGAAGAGAAAUGAUUAUUGUUUACAUUAAUUUUGGAAUACUACAGAAAUAUUCCCAUUCCAAAAUUAAUAUAUAACUUAUUAUUAAAUAAAUAAGUAUCUAAAAUUUCAGACUAUACAUUGAAAAUGGCUGAAAAUACCGAUGAAGUAAUAGUAAAGAAGAAAACACUGACUAAAGAAGAUAAGUUCUUCUUUUACAAUAGUUUGGCUGGUCUUGUAAAAGCUUUAGAAGGCCAGUAUACUACAAUAGAUUUACGAAAUGAAAGUUGUGUAACAGGAAAAAUAACUUUUAUCGAUGGACAUAUGAAUAUAGAAAUGGAAGAUGUAGUAUUCUACGAUGCAAGGGGUACUGAACGUGUAUUUCCUAAUUUUUUUAUAAGCCAGAGGAAUGUUAGAUAUGUACAUCUUCCGAAAAAAACUUCCGCCACGGAACUUAUCGAUAAACAAUUCGAGAAAAUGGCAUCCAAAAAGCAUAUGACCAAAGAACAUACCUUUAAAAAAGUGAGAGCAAAAAGAUACAAUGAAGAAAUUGUUAAGAGUGCAUUUAGUGGAGAGACAUCAUCAGCAUAAUCUUUUGCGAUUACUACAAGUAAUGUAGAUGUAUAUUUUGCCAUUGCUGUAUUUUAUUUAUUUCAAGAUCAUGAAGAAUGAAAUGUUAUAUCCAUUUUCCUUAUUUUCCCAUAUUGGGCUUUAAAUAUGUUAGAUGUAAGAUAAAUAAACUGUAGA